AUGGGAUGGCAUAGCCUCAGGACAAACGUGAACUAUCUUUAGAAAGGGGCUUUCAGCAAGGAAGCGCGCACACAUGCUCAUAGUCAACUAAGGAAAGAGAUCAAUAACCAGGCUCCUCAUCACCACAGUUUAAAGGUCACUUUGUGCUCCUUCUAUCGACCCUCCAGCCUGCUCGGCCGGAGGUCUGAUCUGCACUGACCGGGGAGAGAGAUGAAGAGUCCGCAGAACUUCCUGAGAGGAUCACUGGUGUCUCUGCUGCUGCUGCUGCUCACAGGGGUUCACAUCGACGGAUACAAACCUGUCAUCAUCGUGCACGGGCUGUUUGAUGGCCCGAAACAGUUCAAAACGCUUACUCAAUACAUUACAAAGGUGCAUCGCGGCACUGAGGUGAAGGUGAUCAGUUUGUACAACAACAUGGCCAGUCUGAAGCCGAUGUGGAGGCAGGUCCAAGGCUUCAGGAGAUCCAUCGAGUCCAUCAUGCAAGAGUCUCCUGAUGGGGUUCAUCUGCUGUGCUUCUCACAAGGUGGUCUCCUUUGUCGCGCUCUUCUCUCCACAACUCCACACCACAACGUCCACACCUUCAUCUCCCUGUCAUCCCCACAGGCCGGACAGUAUGGAGACACGGAGUAUCUAAAGUGGAUGUUUCCUGAGCAUGUGAAGAAGACAGUGUUUCAUAUCUGCUACAACAGAUUUGGACAGAAAGUGUCUAUUUGUGACUACUGGAGAGACCCACAUCAUAGGUCCCGAUACCUGCAGUACAACACAUUUCUGGCGAUGAUUAACGGCGACAGACCAAACAAGGACAUGAAAGCAUGGAGGGAAAACUUCCUGCGCAUCAAGAAGCUCGUGCUGAUCGGAGGACCAGAUGACGGCGUCAUCACACCGUGGCAGUCAAGCCACUUUGGAUUCUUUGACAGCAACGAAAACAUUUUGGAAAUGAGGAACCAGGAGUUCUACAAGAACGACACGUUUGGGCUGAAGAUGCUGGACGCACGUGGAGACGUGUCGCAGUGCGUUCACUCUGGGGUGAAGCACGUUACCUGGCACUCAAACUUCACAGUGUUUCAGAGCUGCAUGGAGAAAUGGCUCACAUGAAAACAACCCGCUUAGAGAUGUUAAAAAAAAGGUACUAAUCCAACUGAUCAAGACUUUAUGAUGGAAUCGUGUCACUUUCAUGCAUGUGCAAAGAUGUACAGAUGAUUUAUAUUUUAGAAAGAGAAGACAAAAAGCAAUUGUUGACCCAUGAAAAUUGUGCCCAAACAUUUGUGAUCACUUGGAGAAUGGCCCACAGGUCAUCACUUUCCAUACCGUCCCACCGUGAGGUAAACAAUCAUGACCGAGAGAGAAAUGAUGCAUCAAGUAAAGUUAUUGAAUAGAUUGCUAGGGACAGAGAUUUACACUCCCAAGAGGAUGAUUUACAAUAAUGUUGUGAUCUUAAAGGCGAGGCCUAAGAGGAGGAAGUGGACGUAGUAACUGUGAUGUCAGCCACUGAUUUGUGGACGGACAUUUUUAAGCUUUAGGUUCAACAUUAUGGCUGAACAUCAUGCAGGCUUUUUGGAGUCUUAAAUGAACAUUUUUGGAUGACAUGGUAGAUACACAUUGUUACAUCUAUACACCGGUUGUUAGGUCAAAGCGGUAGCCACUGGUCAGUCACAUGUAGCCAUGUCCUGAAGCAGCAUGUCCUACUUUAUUCUCAAUUUUCAAAUUUCUAUUUUUUCUCAAGGGGAUCAGAAUUUACAAACGAACAUCAUGCUGUAUUGAAGAAGUCCAAAAACUAGCAUGUUAGACCCUUAACUAAUGAGGAACAUGUCAACUGUCAUGCCAGUUUCUCAUCUGGUUUCAUUCAGUUCAACUUCUCUUUUCCAAGCAGUAAAGUCGCCCCAUGCUGAAAAGAAAAUGGCUCGUGUAUAGAAUGGACCCGCAGGGAUGGUGCAGUGAGUUGAGUCUUUAAUGAACAUACCCUGUUUUCUCCGCCCCCAAACCUCCAGGAUUAUAGAUUAAAGAACAAAGUGCUGGUUGGCACAGUGUCAUGAAAAAUGUCAGGUAAUAUGAAGAUUUAUUUGCACAAUGUUUGCUGAUGAGCAGGCGCUGUGGGUCUUCACCAUUAAAGAGCCACUAAUGUUUUUUUAUUCAUCAUCAUCAUCAUCAACUUUUAUUAUUAGACUCAAGGUCCAUUUUAAAAGACAUACAAUACAAAAAAUAGACAACACACAUAUACAUAUAGAAUAAAAACAUUCCCGCCUCUUAUAAAAGGCGCUUAUACCAAUGUCUCCAAAGGUAUGACUGGUAGCGUACUGCACUAUAACUUGGGUUCGACAGCAGCAUUAUAAUUACAUUCUUUGAGUCAUUCAAGCGACCGAUAAAUCUGUACAUAAGGUUCCUCAAUAAAGCUUGUAAGGUGUUAACUCCUGCAUUCACAAAUAGCUCACUUGCACUACCCCACCUUGGCUUUCUAAGUAAGAUCCUAAAACAAUCAUUGUCAGCAACCUGAAGUCUGUGCAUACUUGAUUUUUUGAACUUACCCCAUAAGGGGGCAGUACAGUGCAAUAUGCUCUAAAGAGACAUAUCUUUACAUGAUCAGAACACAUAUGACAUUUUCUUGCCAACAUAUUGGCCUGGGCACAUAAUGUACGACACUGUCUAAAAAUGUCGUCAUCAUCAGACAUUUGAUCUGUUAUAAAGUACCCGAGGUAUUUGGCUUUAUAACAAACACAAAGUUCUUCCCCAGAAAGAUAAAAUUGUGGAAAGUGGAGGUCCUUAUCUCCCUUUGCCCUACAUAUCAUCACACUGCUCUUAUUUGAGUGAUAUUGCACAUCAUGUUUGGCACCAUAUUCUGUACACACAUUUAACAACUAUUAUUAAUAUAAAUGAGUUUAAAAAAAGUAACUGCAACCAUAUAACAAUAGCAACACUUAUCGAUGUUUCCUUUCCAUACUUCUUUCCUCCAUGAAGACACAGACGGAAACAGGAGCCUUAUUUGUCUUCCUUGAUGGAGUUCAGUUAGCAAUUUGUUUAAAGUAAAUAUCUCUUAUUUUUAACAUACUGCUUUUGUAAUUUGAUUUUUUUAAUGCUUUUUGGUGCAAGAAAAUGUAUGUGGCUGUGAUGUGAAUGUAUUUGUUUUUAUAUAAAACUUUGAGAAGUCUUUGUGUUCAGAGUUUAUAUUUGAAACCACUUUUAAAUGUUUUAAAUAAAGUCUUCUUGUUUGCUUUA